GCACAGCCAACAUAAACAACAGCUGACGUGCCCUCGCUACAGAUCGCAUUACAAGGUUGAUUCUCUUCGCCGCGUGGAUUUCCUCGAAAAAAUGCCCCAAUAAGCGAGCGAAACUCCCUCUGAUGGAGGACAGAGUGACAGACCUAUAGGCCAUGGCCUCAGAUCCCAGUCUUCGGACAGUUUUUGAAGCUCUUGACGAAGACAAUCUUGGGUACAUCACCGACGAGAGAUUUUCCGAUCUGGCUAAGGAGUUUGGAGUUUACAACCCUGACGAGCGUCAUCGUCUGGUCACACUUUUGGAUCCACAUAACACUGGCAAAAUCAGCUUUGCAUCAUUCUGUCAGGGGAUUGAAGCUGUCGUCUCAAAUUCAUCUGAAAAAGCGCUACCUAGAGAGCCUCCUUUGAUUCUCCCUGAUCAUUGGAUCGGAAGCAAAACGAUCAUUGACGACGAUGAUACUCACAGCAUUGGGACCUCAGAGAGCACGUAUAACGAGUAUGAUGACAGUGCCUUAACAGACAUGAGUGAAGAUAACACCUCUCCAUUGCUGUAUGACGGCUUCAACCCUAGCUUGGACGGUGACGACACUGACAGUGCAAUUGCCGGACCGACACUCAACAUGAAUGGUUUUUUGUCGUCCUCCGAUUCAUUAAGAGUUCCACAAAUAGUGGAGGACAGCAGUCACGCCUCCUCCUUGCCUAGUGACGACGAGCAGCGCUUCGAAGACUUCGGCCAGAAUGCUGACGGAAUCGAGAUUGAGAUCCAGGAUGCAUCCAGUCUCUCCGACUCGGUGGAUACCAUCGAGAGGGAAGCCCCAGCGAGCAUACUGAAUGGUAGUUCAUUGCUGCCCUACGAUAGCCGGUCUCGGCCAAUUAUGAUGAAGAGGGAUGUGUGGUCUCACGUUCGCCGGAUGAAAUGCUCCCUGUGCAACAACAGAAUGUAUCUUAGCCCGGUCAGACGGAUCUCUUCAAAGGAGUUCGCCAACCACUUGUACAGGUCUUCAUCGUCCAGUAACCUGCCCCAUAAAGGUGCUAUCGAUGAGCUUUAUGGCGAGUAUGCAGCGUCGGACACAGACGUAAUGGAACUCAACGAUAAGGUGUUGGAGCUUGAGACGCAAGUCACGGUAUUAGAACAGGACAAGGCGACAAGAGUGGGGCAUCAGGGGAAACUGCAAAGCGAGAAACUCAAGCUCAUGCAUCAAGUUCAGAGUUUAGAGGAGCAAAUCCGGGAAGUCGAGAUGAAACACCAAGAGAGAGAGGAUGAACAUAUAAAGAGACACAAAGACCUGAUGGCUAAGAAAGAAAAGGAGAUGGAGGAACAGAUAGAGUUGUUAACAAACAGAAUAGCAAGCCUUGAAGAAGAAAAGACCCAGCACGUGACAGAAACCUCCAGGUUAAAGACACAAAUGGACCACCUAAAACAGGAGAAUAGCAGGCUAGAAGCCCAGGUGCUAGACCUGGAUAACAGGUGGCUGGCCCUGUCUAUGGAUUACCAACAGAAGCAAGACAAUCACCACCGGGAAAGAACGGAGAUGAAGGAGACACUGAAGGCCAAUAACGUGCUUGUGGAAGAUUUGUCCCGGGAGAUCGAGGAACUGCGGCGAGAGAAUCUUGAGCAGCGCGAGUACGGAGCUCGGUUGAUGAGAAGCCCCAGCAUCUCAGACCUGCCGAGCCGGUUCUCAGAAAUUAAGGAUGAGUUACAAAGACUUAAGAAGGAAAAUGCCAACCUGAGAGACAGCAAUGAUGAAAUGAGUGCCCAGAUGCUAAACGAUGGCUUCCAAAUUGGCCGGAGCCUCUUGCACCGGGGCACGUCCAGGUCAGAGUCCUUUGCUUCCGAGCUGGAGAAGUCAUCAAAAGAUGAUAUUAUGCAAGCUCUUCGGGAGGAGGAACAGCUGAACCGAGACCUAAGGGAGUACAUUGGCCGCAUCCUUGCCCGAAUCCUGGACCGGAACCCCGAGCUUCUUGAGAUCCGACCUAAGCGGCAUGGCAGCGUCGCAUCCCUUAUGAGCCUGGAUCCAAACACGUGACAACAGGUUCCUUCCUAAAAAGUCCUAUUUUUCAUAUCAAAUCCUCUAUCUAGCUUGAUCAAGAGCCUGUGUUUUGCUGUUGUACUCGGUGAUUUGUGUUAGUCAGAAGCCCUGUGAGUUGAUGUUAAACUCUGACUUUGUAGAAAAUUUGAUUGAAAUCGGAGAGUGCAGGACUGUUCAGGGUAAUCGGAGUGGCUUAGCUUGAAAUCCAAGCACUUUUCUAGGCUAAUGAUCUAGUUGGAUGGACCAAACUUUGUGUUUCUCCGGAGGGAAGCAUAUCUGCGUGUAUUUGUCCAUGUCAAAAUAAAAACAGUUUCUCGUCCAAAAUAUUUGAAGGGAGGAGGCAGCCCCAUUUUUUUCACAAGGUAGUGGAGUUUUCCGAGAGGGGGAGUUGCAUUUUUCUCCAUUCUUCUGCGGACAUUGUUAUUUGUCAAGGAGCUGUCACCCUCAGUUUUGAACAUGCAAACAUAAUGGUACGUUUUGUUAGGAACAGAUAAGAAGUCAAAAAUACAAGAAGAGUUUAAAAGGAAACCCUAAAAAGUGAAGAAAAGAAAGGAGGAAGGUGGGAGAAAAGAAGCAAGUGGGGACGAGAAACUGGUUUUUUUUUUUACUUGGCUUUAAGGGCUUGGGACCAAUUUCACUGCACUUGUGAGCACAUGAACCAUUGCGCAUUUCACACAGACUGUAAUGAGUUUACAUAGUAAAAUGAUCCUGCUAAAUCCAGAGGCAGAAUAUACAUUUCUUUCAGAUAUCUUUACAGAAAUCUUGAUAUGCAUAUCUGCACCAGCAUAUCUAGGCAUAUAAGAAAACAUUAGCACCAUUUUUGGCUAUGUAUUACAUAAUGGCACUUUUUCUGCAAACGAAUUUGGCCCCUGGUAUAGAAAAAGUGGAUUUGUUCUCAGAAAGUUGCUCAACAAAACCUUGGUUACGAGUUUAUAUCCCUGUCACUGAUCAUGAAGAGUGCUGAUUGCUGGAAAAUUGGCUAGCACGGUCUUGAAUGCUAUCCUGGAAUGAAGGCAUUGUUUUCCUUCAGUGUGAAAAAUAAGAAGGAAAACUUGGUACUCUUCCUGUAGAAGUGGCCCCUUAUGCUCAGUGCUCUGCAGCAACCUGUGGAGGGAUCUAUCAAUCCAAGGUGAUGCUGCAACUGCCUUGGCGCCACACUCACGCAGGUGCCACAUGAAAAGGAAUUUAGUGUGCACAUACGACAUGCAUGUGACAAGGGGGGGGUCCAUAGGAUGAAGGAACAGCGGCCAUGUCCAGUCCCCUACCCAAGGAACCAUAACAUUUGUUUUGAAAAUUUAAAUGAGACAAAGGCACACUUUUGGGUCCAUUUUAUUUCUCUUCCUUCAAAAGGUGUAUAAGAAGCCCCAAAAUGUAGUCUCAUCCCUCCGAAAGGCAAUUUCUAAAUUUUUGGGACACGCUGAAAAAGUUAAGCCCCCCCCCCUUAAAAACGCAGUUUUUGAUCCGCCCUGGGUCUGUGUGAAACCACCGUAGUAUUUUGUUUCUAUUUCAGGUUGCCAGACUAGUCUCUACAAUACAAAUGUAGUGUCCUUUGUCAUGCAUAUCAAACUUAAGAUGUCCUGAUUAGUCAUUCAGAUGAUUAAAAUAUCAUGGAAAAUUUGGGGUUCAUUUCUGACAUUUUAAGAAGGCUCUUAUCAAACACUUAGUUUACAUUGCUCACUCUGGCAAAUCACUAACUCCAGUCUAAACAGCUAUGGUACUAUUUUACAAGUUAUGAUUCCCAGUGUUAGCAUUGGUUCUGUUUGAAGUAUGCAAGUAUAGAUUUUUAGUAACAUUUUAAUACUUCCCGUAAAAGUUCUUGUGAUCAGGAGGUGUUACGAAUAUGGAGUGAGUUUGUUUUGAAUAAUAUGAUUUGAUAACAGGCAAAUGUGUAUUAAAGUAUUUUUGUAUGAAAGAGAGCUAUAUGAACUGUUGAAAUUGUAGAUACAGGAAAUUGAUGAAAAUAUAACGAUUUGAAAUUUUACUUUUUUGAUCAAAAUGCCAUGUGCGGGACUACUUUGCAGGCUUUAGUUUUAGCACAGUAGGAUUCGAACUCCUUCGAUUUGUUCGAUUUGUCAUAUUUGUGGUACAUGCCUCAUGGAACAUCAUGUAGGGUUUACAUGUGAUGGCAUGGCUUUUCUAGAUUUUCCAGGGGCCAUGUUGGAGGUCACUCUGUCAGGGCCAGUCUUCAUACCUCAGUAAGAAGACAUAGCUGCCACUUAGGCUUCUACUUCUUUUUACUACUGCCAGUUCAGUGGUAAAACCUCUCCAGCUGACACGUUCCAUUUUACAAGUUCUGAAUUCGUUUAGAUGAAGAUGAGUAUUAUGUUAUUUUGUUUAUCUGAUAACAGCAAAGUCUUAGCAUUUUCAUUCUUCCACUUUGCUUGUCAUUUGUCAAGAUUGAAACUAACACAGAUUCCCACUUCUGAAAAUAAGAAAUGUACCCUCUUCUAGACAAUGCCAAGUUUUUUCAGCCGAGUCACUGAUAUUUUGUUCUGUGGUUUAUUUUUUUUAGGGGAGAACUAUUGGAAUUUGACAAGAAUGAGCAUUUGUAAAGAAAUAUAUUGUUUUUGUCUUCAGACAGUUAGCAAGGGAAGCCAUAUCAUUGCACACUUACUGAAGAAGUUCAUGAUAAUUUUCAGUUCAGCGUAAUUUUCAUACUUUAUUUUUCAAUUCAGAAAGAUCAUUGUGUAAAGAGCGCAAUUUCAAUUGAACAGAUUAUUUGGUCUUGCAUUCGGGUCCACUGCAUCGUCACCAGUCUUAAAUUAAAUCUCGCUGAAAGGUUUGAGGCAGAUUUAGGCAAAUGCAAUUUUUGUUCUGUCAAAAACACUUUUUGUAUAUUGAUGAUUUAUGAAAAGGUAAGCAACCUGGCCAACAAUUCAGUAGAAGAGAGGUUUACUUAUUUCAUUUUUUCAUAUUAUUUCAUGGCAGUGUUGGUGGGCAAAACUAUAAAGCAGUUACACUCUUAACCAUGAGCAUUAAGGUAAAGAGAUUGAAACAAAAUAUUUAAAACUUCAAAUGUAUCGUUGAAAGAAAGCAUUAAAGAUGCCAUGACCAGUGAAAUGCAAAUGAGGUAGGUCUGUUCAGACCAAAAAAAAGUUAUAUCAGGAUUGUUUCAUUGCACAAGUGUAAGAAAGUGAAAGUAAGUUAUUGCUGUUUUCAGUGGUAUUUACACGUGUGUGGUUUUUUUCUCGGUUCCGCGAAACUCGUCAUAAAGGGCAUAGUUUCAGUUCAUUUUUUGCCAAAUCAGAUGUAAUGAAGUGCAGUAUAGUUUGUUAUUACUUGUGUGUUAAGCAACAGAUAUUUGGAACAGGCGUAUGUUACUGAUGUGUUUUUCACUCUGACUCUGACCAAACUUUCUUUUGGGAGGGGGAGCAGUUCCUAACAAAUAAGAUGGAAUAUUUCUGCCAAUUUCGCGCAAGAUCACUGCAGAUGGAAUUGACUGACGUUCUGUGUGCUAUUUGCUUGUUUUUCACGUGCUUACAGCUUGCCUGGUUUUGUUUGUUAAAUUUAUUAUUUUUAUUGUAAGUUGUGAAUGAACACAUUGCUGUGUAGAAAAAUUUAGCUGUGUGCAAAUUUUAAAGUCAUUAUGCUUGAUUCAAAGCGGUUUCAUUCUGAGAACAUCUCUUUUUAUAAUCUACACCUUUCAGUGUUUCAGAUAUUUUAACUGAAAACUGAAAUUUUAGCAUCAAUAAAAUUGCCUUCCAAUAAACCAGACAAGGUGACUUUAUGUGACAGCAUAAGCAAUUUUGGAAUGAAAUUUGUCAAUGAAAAUAAGUGGUUUUAAAGUCAUUCUUUCAGUAUAACAUCAGAAUGGAAUUUAAUAUGAUUUUAUAGGCAGAAGUAGUUUUAAAAGAUGGUUUUGUCCGCCUGAUUUAAAAUUGUGUCUUGUCUGCUGGUAACAGAAAUUUUUGCCAUACACUGCACGUCAUUCGUCUUUACGUUUUUAAUUUAAAUUACCACAGUUUGUGAACGUGACUUACUUUAACCCAAUUAUCCAUAGUGGGCAAAGGCCAUGCGCAUGUGCCAAUUGUAACUUGCUUUUUGGGUGGGGAAUGGCAAAAUAUUAUUCUUUUUCUCCAAAAUAGAACAUUGUUAUGUAAAAAAAGUUCACGUUUCUGUUUGAUUUGGAAACAGGCCUUUGUUCCACCUUUCAAAAUACGAACUUGAAAUAUUUACCCAAUUCGAUUGUACCGUUUGAGGCAUUAUAUAGUCAUAAAGAUGCUACAGUGCGCCAACGGACUCGGACAAACCCCUUUUUCGAAUCAGUGAUUAAUGGAACCCUAUAGUAUAACAGUACUGCAUUGGUAUCAGUUGCUAUAUACAUAUACAUCAGCGGUAAAACUCAGCAGAGGGCGAUUUGUAUUUAGAGCAGCAUAAUUCCAUUGGAUGUAACAAUGUAUGUGCCUUUAUUCCAUGCGGUAUUUAUACGUGUAUACAAAGUGUACAAUUGUAGUUAAUGCCAUCACAAAAUGCAUAUGCAACGCCAUUCAUGUAAAUACAUUCUGCAGUUCCUACACCUUUUGAGAUCAAAUUCCAGCCGGACUUUGAAUUCUUGUAAAAAAAACGCACGCAAAGUGCAGUUACAGAUUAAAGUAUGGCGGAAAAGUUGAAAGA